GCAGUCCAGCAACAAUGUACGGCAAACGUUUGUUUCGCGAUUCUGCCGCUAAAUACACGUGCGGUGUACUAACCACAUUACCUAAAGCAGCAGUAUUUAACGCUACGAGCUCCUACAUUAUCCAGCCAACUUUCCUCGUCGCUGCAAGAACAAAAUGGCGGAAGAGGUGAAUCCUAAAGCUUACCCGCUGGCUGACCCCGAGCUGACGACCAAAAUCCUCAACAUCGUGCAGCAAGCUACGAACUACAAACAGAUGAGGAAGGGAGCCAAUGAAGCCACGAAAGCCCUGAACCGCGGUCUUGCAGAGUUCAUAGUUAUGGCAGCAGACGCAACACCUCUAGAAAUUCUUCUUCAUCUUCCACUUCUCUGCGAAGACAAGAACGUACCUUACGUCUUCAUCAGGUCUAAGCACGCCCUGGGACGAGCCUGCGGUGUUACCCGGCCGGUCAUCGCGUGCUCCGUGACUGUGAACGAGGGCUCCCAACUCAAGCCGCAGAUCCAGGGACUUCAACAAGAGAUCGAAAAGUUGCUCGUCUGAAGUGCCACCUCGUGCUGUAUCAUAUGUGACGGAGUGUAUUGCCUCUCCAUUCCAUGUUUUUAUUUUUUUCUGUUGCCAUUCUCGCGUAUCCCAUGGAUUCAUAAAGAGAAAAUAAAGUGCCCCAAGUGAUUGUCA